AUGUAUGAGGAAAUUUAUUUUGCUUAUCUUCGGGAGCGUCUAGAAGCAAGAAAGCAGCAGCAACUUGUGAAGAUGAGGCAGCAGGCGAUCUGUAGUAACAGCGUGCUGAGAGGGGGAGUGGGUGUUGCCCUGAAGUAUUAUUCUUUGUUGGUGUUGUUUGCUCAUGGGUCUGAUGCAGUUGCAAGACACCUUGUGAGCUCAAACCAGGGGGCUUUGCAUCAAUCUGAAGCUGCGAGUGGUGCUGCUGCAGCAGCAGCACCCAACGUCCCCUCGUUCCUUCUCGGGCAGCAGCAGCAAGAGCAGCAAAGUGAGAGCAGCAGCGGACAGCAGUUGCUGUCUGCACAGGGUACAAUAGAUGAAGAAAAAGCUGCUGCACUUGUGGCUCUUGAGCAGAAGCAAACAGAAAGUAAUCUGAAACAGAUUGAGGCCGUUGUGCAAGCAGUAGAAGAUGGAAAGCUGCCAAAAGAAGCACUGAGCUUCCUUCAAGAGAGUGAAGCAACAGAAGGAGAACCAGAAGCAGCACCACCAGCAGCACCAACAGCAGCAGAUGAUGAGGAUGAUGGCCUCGAUGGCCCCAAGACGAAGGAUCUUUUAGAUGAAACAAAGGAUCAGGCUAGAGAGACAGUAGAAGAAGCAAAAGAUAAAGCAAGAGAGUGGACAGAGAGGAUACAAACUCUCGUUGACAGCGCAGGCAGAGAUGCGAAAAGAGCAGCGAGGAAACUAAAAGACAAAAUAAAAGAAGGGGUGAAGAACGCGGGACGUAAAGUUCGCAGAGGUUUCCGAAGGUUUUUGCAAAACUUGUCGAGUCAGAUUGUGGGUGGAGAUGAAGAUGAUGAAGAGGAGGGAGCAGCAACAAAGGCAUCUACAAGAGCAGGAGAAGAAGAAAGCGCAGCUUCAGGCGGGGAACAAAUGGGGGCCAGACAGGGCCUUCAGGAGGAGAGAAAACAAAACUAA